AUGGAUGCAUUUGAAGUUGAACGUUUAUGUUCUCAAUUGUACGGUGGUAGCAAUAACAGCAAUGAAAUUCGUCAAGCUAGUCAACGUUUAGAAACAUUUGUCGUACAACAAGAUUGUUUGAUACAAUGUCGUCUGCUAUUAGAUCGUUCUCUAACACCAUAUACACAGUUUUUUGCUACAACAACAUUAGUUAAAUAUUUUAAUAAAUCAACAAAUCAAUCCUUAAUCAAUGUCAAUGAUCGUUUAGAGUUACGUUCCUAUAUUCUUGAAUAUUUGUAUAAACGUAAUGUACAAUUAAUACCGUAUGUUUUGAAUGAAUUGACAAAAUUGUAUGCUCGAAUAACAAAAAAUUCAUGGUUUGAUACAAACACACCAGACGAUAAUUCAUUCUAUCCAUUCCAGUCGUUCACAAAUGACCUGUUAAAAUUUCAACAAGAUCUUCAACAUUUUGCCAUUGCCAUACAAAUAUUAAUCUCAUUAAUUAAUGAAAUUAUUACUCCAAAUGAUGAAGAAACAACAGCAAGAGGAUUUAGUAAACAUCGUAAAAUAUGUACAUCAUUUCGAGAUUCCAAAUUACUUGAUAUCUAUUUAUUUGCAUUCAAAUAUUUAAGAGAAGUUAUUGAUAAACAAACAAAUUCAUCAUCAUCAACUUCUUCAUCAACAAUUUUCCCACAAGCAACAUCCUUAACAAUAGCAACUCCUGUCACUCCAACAUCAUUAACAACAACCAUAAUUACGUAUCCAAAGACACUCAGAACAAUUCAGUUGCAACCCGAUUAUUAUCUUGUCAUUGAACGAUUACUUUUACUGGCUCAUCAAUGUUUAACAUACGAUUUUCUCGAGUUCAAUUCAUGUCUAAAGUUACCCCUAAGUUGGCAUGAUUAUAUGGUUGAUGUUUCGUAUUAUGAACUGUAUUUUUCUUAUUAUUUUUAUUUUUCACAAACGACAUUAGUAUCAAUUGCAUUAGGAUGCCUCAUUCAAAUGUCCAGUGUACGACGUUCAUUAUUAAACACAAACGAAAGACUGAUUGUCUUAAACUAUUUAACUCAUGAUGAUAAAGCGUUACAUGAAUUUUGUCGUUUGAUCUGUCGACUAAGAUCUAAUAUUCAAUUACAUGAAUUAAUAAAAAUUGAUAUGUAUCCACAAUUUAUUGAAUUAUUAACAAAAUUUACAAUUGAUCAUUUGUUAAAUAUUUAUAAAAAAAUAUCAUCAAAUACACUCUAUUAUAUUCUAUCAUUUUGGUCUAAAAUUAUAUCCUAUUUAUCUCAUAGUACAAAAUUAACAAAUGAUUAUCAACAUUUAUUAGAUAUUUAUGUACCAGAAAUUGUUAAUUAUUAUAUUCAAUCUCGUUUAGAAGGUUUAUCACAUUUAAAUUCAAUAAAUGAUGAUGAUUUAAGUGAUUCAAAUGAAUUAUAUGUUGAACUAUUUGAUAAUGAUCAAGCUCAAUUAAAUCAACAAUUAGAACAAAUUAGUAUUAUGUCUCGUAUCGAUUAUAAAAAAACAUGUACAUUAUUAUGUUCAAUAUUUGAUGAUUUAGCUCAACAAUAUCAACUUAUUUUACAACAAUAUAUAUCAUUAUCAUCUCAACAACAACAACAACAGAACAGUAUAAAACAAACAUUUCAAGGAAUUGAAAGACGUUUUACAUUUUUAAUUUAUGUUAUUUCAUAUGUUAUUGGUGCACGAGGAAUCACUCUAACAUCUCUAUCAUUACAAAGUGAUGAACAAGAUUUAUAUGAUGGUGAAUUAACAAUACGAACAUUACAAUUAAUGACAUUUAUUCAACAACAAACAUCAAUAACAAAUUCAUCUGUAGAAUUAAUAAAUUUAUUAAAUAAUAAUAAUAAAAAAAAUGAACAAUUAUUUUUACCAUCAGCAUCAUCAUCAUCAUUACCUUACUCUGAACGUUUGGAAUUAGCAAUACUCUAUUUUUUUGAACAAUUUCGUCGACAAUAUUUUAGUGAUCAUUCAAAAUCAAAUCAAAUAUAUCAAAUAUUAUUCAAACAUUUAGGUAUUAGUGAUGAAGAACAAUUAUUGUCAAUUUUUGUCAAAAAAUUAUUUACAAAUUUACAAUAUAGUACAAUAACAGAAAAAUUGAUUGAACGUACAUUAGUUUGUUUUAAUGAUUUAAGUCAAGGUUACAAUAGUGUAAGAAAACUUAUUAAAUUAGAACCAAUUCAAUAUUUUAUUAAUAAUCAUAAUCAAGAUUAUUUUCCAUUUUUAAAUUUAUAUGCUUAUUAUCAUUUACAAACGGGUGAAAAUAAAAUAAUGAAUGAAAAUAAUAAUAAUAUUAAUCAAAAUUUAACAGAUGAUACAAUUAAUCAUGGUACAAUAACAAAUUUUAAAUCAUCAAAAUAUCUUGGCUAUCGAAAUAAAUUAAAAACAUCAUCAACAUCAUUUAUGAAAUAUACAACAUGGUCACGUUUACGAACAACAUUUUAUUCAGCUAUUAGUCGAUUAUUAAUGCUUGAAUUUAAUUUUCAAGAAGAAGAUAAUGAACGAUUUGAAAAAUUUAUGUUACCAUUUACAUUACAAUGUCAAAAAUUAAUACAAAUAUUUAAAGAAUUUCCUGAUAUGAUUCAGACAACGAAUAAUAUGCCAUUGUUAUCUACAACACCACCAAUAUUAAAUGCAUCCAGUUCACAUCAAUCUUCGACUUUAAAAUCAUCAUUAGCCACUAUCGAUGAAAUAAAAGCGAUUAUAAUUGGUCUUGUUCGUGAUCUACGUGGUUUGUGUUUAGCAUUUACAUCAAAACAAUCGUAUAUAUUUUUAUUUGACUGGCUCUAUCCAAAAUAUAUUCAUUUAUUUAUAAAAUCUAUCUAUUAUUUUUAUGAUGCAUAUGAAGUUUAUAAUCCUGUAUUAAAAUUUUUUCAUGAACUUGUUUUAAAUCGUCAAGAACGUUUAAUAUUUGAAUGUACAAAACCAAAUGCUUAUUUAUUAUUUCGUGAAACAUCUCAAUUAUUACAUAUUUAUCAAACAAAAUCAUUGAGUUAUUAUCAUCAAAUAUUACAAAAUAAUGAUCAAUAUUUUUUUGAAAAAAAAUUAAAAUCAAUUAUGAUAUGUUUUAGAAUUAUACAAGCAUGUUUAUCAGGAAAUUAUCUUAAUUUUGGUGUAUUUCAUUUAUAUUCUGAUUCAUCUUUUGAAAAUAUUUUAAAUUUAUUUUUAUCCAUGUUAUUAAUGUUAAAACAAGAUGAUCUAUUAUUAUAUCCAAAAUUAACAUUAGCCUAUUAUUUAUUAAUAGAAACAUUAGCUGUUAUAAACAUUGAAUAUUUAUCAAAUUUAAAUUCACAAUUAUUUGGUUAUAUUUUAAAUACAAUUAGUGAAGGACUUUUAUCAUUUGAACAAACUAUACAAAAUUCAUGUUGUAUUUAUUUAGAUUCAUUUUUUACCUAUGUAUUUGCAUCUUUUCAUCAACAACAGCGAAAACAACAACAAUCACAAACAUUACCACCAAUGAUGGAUCAAGUCUACGUAACAAAUCAAUAUAAUCAAAUGAUACCAAUUAAAAUAGAUCAAAAUCAAAAUAGUGAAAGAUUUUUAGCAAAUAUUAAUGAAUAUGAACAAUUAUUUCGUCAAAUAUUAAUAAAUAUUUUAAAUAGUAUUAUCUAUGAUGAAUGCAAAAAUAUGUAUUCAAUAUCCAAACCAUUAUUAGGUUUAAUAUUGCUAAAUGAAAAUCAUUUUUUUAAUGAAAUAAAGAAACAAUUACUAUACGGUCAUCCAAUACAAAAACAGCAGGCAUUAUCAACAGCUCUAGAAAAAUUGAUGAAUGGUAUUGAUCGAACAUUAUCAUCGAUGAAUAAAGAACAUUUUACACAAAAUAUAUCAUUAUUUCGUAAAGAUAUUCAAGAUACAUUAAAAUUAAAUCAAAUAAGUUCAAAUGAUCAAAAUAAUAAUAAUUGUGAUUCAAAUGUAGUUGGUGGCGAUCAAAUAGCAUUCAAUGUAUUACUAACUCAAUCAAGAAUAACUCAAACAAUACCGUCAUUGGGUUCAACAUCAUCAAUAGUGAAUGAAAUGAUGACCAUGUAG